UUGGUAGGGCCCGGGACAGGAUGGCCGUCGCUGGUCGGCCUUGGCAGCGUGGUGUGCUGCCGGCGCUGCGGCUCUCCCUAUCUCCCGGGGCGGAAGGCUCCGGCUCCGCCUGCUGCCGCUGCCCUCUCGGAGCUAGAAGAUACCUCCUUACAGAUAACAUUGUGAAGUUAAAAGAAUUCCAGCAUAAGAAGGUGGCUGUCGCACACACUCUUCCUGGCACCAAAGAAGCCUAUUUUCGGAACUUGGAAGACAAACUGGCCCAGAACCGGCUCAUCCUGAGGGAGGAGUUGCAAACCUUGCUUCAUUUGUGUGAGACCCGGGACGAUGUGGAGCUGGCUAAGAACAUCAUCUACAGGUACCACGCAGAGAACACAGCUGCCACACUGGCAGAGUACAAGUUCGGCCCCCUCUUCAUGAGGCUGUGCUACGAGCUGGAUCUGGAGGAGGCCGCGCUGGAGCUCAUCAAGGACCGGCAAUUGCGAGGUUUCUUCACAGACUCCACGUCAUUCAACAUUCUGAUGGAGAUGUUAUUCACUAAAGGCAAAUAUCAGAGUGCACUGGAGGUCUUAAUAGAGAUGAAAGACCAGGAUGUGAAGUUCAGCAGAGAUACCUACGUGCUUGCCUUUGCCAUCUGCUACAAACUGGACAGCCCUGAAUCUUUUAAAAUCUGCAUGACUUUAAGAGAAGAAGCCCUGAUCAGAGGAGACAUCCUCUGCAGGAGAGCAGCCUGCUUCGCCGUGGCAUUGGCGCUCCGUCAGAAUCAGGUGGAGAAAGCCAUGUCCAUUUUUUCCCAAAUCAUGAAUCCGGAAAGCAUAACCUGCAUUAACUUAAAUGUUAUGAUCCACAUCCAGUCCAACAUGUUGGAAGCCCUACUAGAGACACUCAGGGAAGCUGCAGGAGGAAGGUCGUCAAGAUUUGUGAGAAGACUUGAGUUCUCAGAGGAGGUGCUGGCCAAAGUGAGAAAAAGAGUGAAGGACGUGCCUGCCCUUUUGGCCAGAUUUGAACAAGUCUAUGGGACACUGCAGGUGAACGGCCAGGUCACCACUCACAGCCUGGAUACUCUGCUCUGCCACACUCCCACAGACAGGAAAUCGCACGCGCCGCUAUUAACCAAGAGGACAGUCAGCCAUCGGGCCUUCCAGCCACUCAGCCGGUCUCUGCUGGCCGAGUAGCCCUCACCUUGGACACCUCGCGUCUAGAGCCCCUGUUCCCCUGGAGAAGCCCACGUCGUGCCUCUCUGAACACUUUACUGAUACUUGGUCCCUCCCCACCCCCCAACCUAGUGCCCUCCCGAGCUCCCUAAGCCAGGGCACUGUGAUAUUGCUCCUUGGGAAGCUCUAGGUUCAAGUGAAGAAAGGGAGUUGGGCCAAUGCCACCUGUGUCCCGAACAGGUCGUAUCAGAGUCUGCAGUCCGUCUCCCACCAGGACACGACCCAGUAAGCACUACUGGGAAUGAAUUUCGCUCUCAUUGUCACCUCCAACUGAUUUCUAAGUUGCUGGGUUGGUUGCUUACAGGCAGAUCAUGCCGUUGCUGAGCUGCGGCCGGCCAGAGCCAUACCCUACCAGCUUUGGCAAAGAGCCCACCGUGUUUCCCAGCUCAGCCGUCACUGCUCUCUGACCUUUGUUUUCCCAUCUACAAAACAGUAGCACCAUUAUGUGGUUGCAUAUUUAUUUAAAAUGUUUAUUGAUGGUUCAGUGGGACAAGUUGAUUCAAAUACAAAAAUAAAAUGCAGAGGUUCUUAGGAGCCAGUGCUGUGGCUCAACAGGCUAAUCCUCUACCUUGUGGCAUCAGCAUUCCCAUAUGGCUGCUCCCUGCUUAUGGCCUGGACAAGCAGCAGAGCAUGCGCCAAGGCCUGUCUCCUGCACACAUGUGAGGAGACCAGGAGAAGCUUUUAACUCCCGGCUUCAGCUCAGCUCAGCUCUGGUGGCUGCAGCCAUUUGGGGAGUGAUAAACUGGCUGAUGGAAAACCUGUCUAUCCUCCUCUCUGUAAAUCUGCCAUUCAAAUAAAAAUUAUAAUUUUUU